ACCUUCAGUUUUGAUAUUGCUAGGCGCGCGGCAAAAAUCUAUUCAUAUAAGUGCUGUGCUAUAAGAAAGACAAGUGUGAAGGCUGUUUGAGAAUUAGUUGGAAAUUCUUAGGCGCCCAUGUGAUAUUUUUGUAGUUGUCAGGGGGCUUUUUAUAAUUUUUUUCAUUUGUUAAAAGGUUUAAAAGAGUAACUGUCACCGACCCAAACGGAUUUCUGUUAAGAAACCCUGCAUCUCUCCAGGCAUCUCUCUUCCUCCCUCUCUCUUGAUUCCACGGCUGACGCGCGACGCCCCCUCGCUCUUGAUUCUGGCCGCCGGCGCCGCUCAGGUAUCUCUCUCUCUCGCUUGAGGGCCGGCCGCCGGCAGCCUUCGCUUCCUUUUCUCUUUCUAUGCGUGGUUAUCUCUCUCUCUCUCCCGCCUUUGACGAAGGGCCGUUGGCCCUCUCCUUCGCUUUGUGCGUAAGGGCUGGCGGCGGACCUUCGUCACUCUCACCCUCUUUCUCUCUCUAUCUCGAUUGCUUGCUCUCGCUAUUGCUCAACAUGGAGGAGUAGGAAAACAUUGUUCUUGCUGAUGGUAGUAGGUGUUUGGUUGAGCAUCAAUUGUAUUUGCUUAAUUUGGCGGUAGGCGUUUGGUUGAGCAUCAAUGGUAUUUGUUUAAUUUGGUAGGUUGAUUAGCAUAGCUCGAAAGGUUCGAACAAGGUUAUUUUGUGAUUUUCGAGUGAACUUGUAGCUCGUGAAAAAGAAACAACGAAUGCUGUCCAGAAUUGUUCCUUUCUUUUAGUUGUACAGUUUUCUGCAGAAGAAAGGGAAUAAGAGAGUUUUAUGGGAUAUAUAGUGCUUAUUUUGCUUUACAUUGCUAAAUUCAUUGUUCUUAGUUGGGUUGUUUUAUCAUCAUGCAUCUUAUGUUGUUGUCUGGUGCUGGAGGCUUCUCCUCUUCGUUACUUUAACAAGCUUAUGUUCAUCUAGAAUAAUUAUCCACAUACAAGUCAUUGGGGUUGUAAACUUGUAGGUUGUACCUUUUCUAUACUGUAUCAAAUUUAAUGUUAUUUUAGAGAUUGGUCCUGGUACUGGAAAUCUUACAAGUAAGCUUCUGAAUGUUGCAAAGACAGUCAUCGCUGUUGAGAUGGAUCCCCGCAUGGCUUUGGAGUUGAAGAGACGCUUCCAGGGGAGUGGUUUUGGUAAUCAGCUGAAGGUUAUACAAGCUUCUGCUGCAUGACUUUUGGGCACGAUGGCUCUCAAUUGGGAGCUAUGGCAGGCUUUUGCUGCAUGAUUUUUGGGCACAAUGGCUCUCAGUUGCAUGCUAAGAGAUUGGUGGACAGUGUCAAUUUUUUAUUGCUUCCAUAAUAGCAGAGCUUCUGCUGUGCUAUUAAAACUUGAACUCAAUAAGGAGUUAUUUUUUAUCAGUUGCAUGCAAGAUGACUGGUCUGUAAUUGUUAAGAUGGCCUACUGUUUAGAUUUUUUUAAGGAAAAAAAGACAGUUCAUGAGUAGUGUCCUUGCCCUCUGCUGGUAGGAUAACCUGAUCUAGCUGUUCAUACAGACUAAGACCAAAUGCAAUGACUCACAAAUUGAGAGAAUUGAAUUUGAACAUUUCAGCGUAUUUCUAGUACAAAAUAGAGUCCUGCUUAGCCCCUGUUUUCAUUUUUUUCUUACUCCUGGCAAUGAAACAUGCACGUGCCUUCUGCAACAGAACGAAAAUACCAUUGAGGACUUUGGUAUCUUUGAUGAUCAUCACCUCAAGCUGACAAGUUUGGCAUUAAUUGAAAUAUCAAGUUUGCCAUCUUUAUUGCUGAAUUUAUUUUUGCCAAUACAUGACCUGCAGUUGAUUUUCGAAUUUAAAUUUGCAGCGGAUAAAAUUGGAUGUGGAGAAAGAACCAACUCAGCCAGGUCCCCUCGGUUUGAAAUUGACAAUAACACCAUCCUUUAUGGAACUCAUUCAAGCAAAGCUACCUCAAGAACAACCGCCAGAGUCUGAUGAAAAACAGAGUCUGCAACAUGAGAUGGUAAUGGAUAAGGUAGUCAAUGCAGUUCUGAAUACUCCAAGUGCAGAAAAGAUGAAGGCUUCAAAUUUCGCUGCAACUUUUCUCAAAAUAGGUUCAUGGGAGCGGGUUUCAAGGUAUGACGGAGACUUAGUGGCUAAGUGCUACUUUGCUAAGCGCAAGCUUGUAUGGGAGGUUCUGGAAGGAGGAUUGAAAAGUAAAAUUGAGAUCCAAUGGUCUGAUAUAACUUCGCUUAGAACUAUAUAUCGUCAAAAUCAUCCUGAUCAGUUGGAAAUUGAGCUGUCUAAGGUGCCCCACUUCUUUAGUGAGACAAAGCCUCAACCUAGAAAGCACACUUUGUGGCAAGCAGCAAAUGAUUUCACAGGAGGUCAAGCUGUUACGUACAGGAGACACUUAAUUCAAUUUGCUGAAGGAACUCUUGAGAAGCAUUAUGAAAAGAUGCUACAGUGUGACUCACGGCUGCAUAUGUUAUCUAAGGCCAACUUUCCAAGUUCUGUUUCUCCAUAUUUUGAAACAGGCAAUCAGGAGUAUCGAGAUCAUGGAGGUCAUCUUUCCGAUUUACUGCUGCAGAAUAAUUCAACUAUUCCAUACACUCGGAGAAAAAUCUCAAACGAGAUUUUUCAUCCACCAGUUCAGUUGUGUGUCCAAGCUCAAAGAGCAAGCAGUUCAUUCAAUCAAGGAGACUUUCAGCAUGUCAGAUCUGCAUUUGAUUUUGACCCUGCUUCUCCAAGUUCAGUGGUGGAUUCUCCUAACAGUGAAGAACAGGGUAUCAGUAAUUCUGAUGAUGGGUACAUGGGCGGAUGUGAACAAUAUUAUGAACCAGCUUACAGUAACAUUCACGAUUCUUUUCAAGGUUCAUACUUGAAUAUGCCAAGCAAUAUCACAUUUGGCAACCAAGUCAACCAUUUCUCUCAAGGACAUGUCAUUCCCUGUUAUCCCUCCUUUCCAACAAACAGGGCCGAGAACAUAUCUGCAAAUCAAGAAGUUCUGGAAAGCAUUGCCAGACAUUUGUUUUGUGAACCUCUUGUCUCUGAAUCCUGCAACAAUCAGAAUCAGCAAAUGAUCAUGGGAAUGAAUUCACUGAGUUCCCUCAUUGGUGCAACUGGUGCCUCCAUGAAUGCAUCCCAGCAAGGAGACUGUUACCCACUGUACCAAAUUGUCUCUGAAAAUCCAGACGCUACAGGAACUCUCUCUUCAGACGCACACAUAGUUCCAUCAUCCUGGGGAACAUCCAGUCAUUUAGUGGGGUCAAUGCCUGGAGCAGAGUUGCAGAAUAAUGUCUAUGGUGUGCCAUCAUAUUGACUGAGUCGGUUUUUCUCUUUUGUUAGUCCGGGCAGCAGAGUUCACCUUGCAGAGUUGGCUUCAUUUAACUUGACAUCAAAUGCCGAGACACAUACAACAUUUUGAUGUUUCGACUUCCCAUUCUGUUUCUGGAUUAUCCAUUUUUGUUGGCGACAUUACAACUAGCCGUUGCUUCCGCAUUUUCAUUUUGUCAAGAUUCAGUUAUAAUUUUUUUGUUGCCACAGAUUUGUGGGUCUUAGGAAGUUUAGCUCCAUAAUUUGGUGCUCUUUUCAUUUGUUCUCCAUGGUGCAUUAGUGACUGAUAAUUGGGUUUCAUGCCCCACAGUAAAUUUUUUAAUGUAUUUUUUGAAGCUUGGACAGCAGUAUAGCAUGAAAUAUUUUUAACGUAUUUUUUUCUU